AUGGCCUCCUUGCUCUUGCGGAAUGUGAUGGCUGCUUCAGUGACUUCUGCCAGGUUCCUGAGCUGCAGCACAGCCUCCCGCUUAUUCUCCUCCUGGCUGGUGGGACGCUCAAAGACUGCCAGCCCAUUGCAGACCUUACCUGCCACCAAACCAUGUCAUGUGGAUCUGCUGCCCUUUCUCACCAGUUGCCCGCCUCUCAGCUUGCAGCCAGUUGCUGGCAUGAAGUGCAAGGUAGUCAUCAAAAGGCGUUGCAAGGACUGUUUCAUUGUCCGCAGGCGUGGCCAUUUGUAUGUGUACUGUAAAACGCAUCCGAGGCACAAGCAGAGAAAGUUCUAA